UUAAAUACCCCAUAAUUAUAUUGUAGUAAUGUAAUCCAACUGCAUCACCAAACUUUAUUCUUCACAGUUGUUAUUGAAGAAGGCAUUAUUAAUUAGUCAACUCCAGACAGAAUUUUGACCCACUAAACCCAAUUAUAGAAUCAAUACAAAUAUUUAAUCCAUAUGCUAUUUAAUUAUUUUUUAAAGUACAAAUAUAAAUUACAAAAAAUAUAUAUUUAAUUGAUUUUUUUUUGUUUUAUAAGAGAGAGAAGUUAUAAAUAGUGGAGAAAACGUUAGAUCAUGCGAAGGUGACCUUUGUUCCCCCAAACCAGCGAAAAUGGCGGAUUAAUAAAUUAAUCUUUAUAUAUACAGAGAAUCAUUUACAUUCAACCGAUCAAUCUUCUAUAAUAUAUUUUUGUAUGUAUAUAUACGUGCACGGUUGUAUUUCGCGGAUCGGUUUUAUCUCUCCAUCUCUUAAGAUUUGGCGGGUUGGGUGAAUUCUUCAGAACUUUCCCAAUUUGGAGAAUCAAGGUUUUGUAUUUUGGGGAUGAUAUGAAUGGUGUCCGUUUAUGAUGACAGCCAUGGGAGGGAAGCUGUGUGCAAAUUACCUCUUAACUUGAGGAGAAUCAAUUAAUGGAUUCAGCGAGGAGUUGGUUCCAGAAAUUUCAACCACGAGAUCGAUUGAGGUCAUCGACUAGAAAGAAGGAUUCAAUGGGCAGUGGAAGAGAAGAACCAAAAGCACUUUCGAGUGAGGAAGCUUCAAACCUCACAAAACAGAGGGUUGCUGCUGCAAAGCAAUACAUUGAAAAUCAUUACAAGGAGCAGAUGAGAAAUCUUCAGGAAAGGAGAGAGCGGCGAAAUUUACUUGAAAAGAAGCUAGCUGAUGCUGAUGUAUCUGAGGAAGAUCAAAAUAACCUAUUAAAAUUCUUAGAGAAGAAGGAAACUGAAUAUAUGCGCCUUCAGAGGCAUAAGAUGGGCGCAGAUGAUUUUGAGUUACUGACAAUGAUUGGGAAGGGUGCUUUUGGGGAGGUUAGAGUCUGCAGGGAGAAAAAUACCGGUUCCGUAUAUGCAAUGAAAAAGCUUAAGAAAUCGGAAAUGCUUCGUAGAGGCCAGGUUGAGCAUGUGAAAGCUGAAAGGAAUCUGCUAGCGGAGGUGGACAGUAAUUGCAUUGUCAAACUGUAUUGCUCUUUCCAAGAUGAGGAAUAUUUGUAUCUUGUCAUGGAAUAUCUUCCAGGUGGAGAUAUGAUGACUUUAUUAAUGAGAAAAGAUACCUUGACUGAAGACGAGGCCAGAUUUUACGUAGCAGAGACAGUUUUGGCUAUAGAAUCUAUCCAUAAACACAAUUAUAUACAUAGAGAUAUCAAGCCUGACAACUUACUACUUGAUAGACAUGGUCAUUUAAGAUUAUCAGAUUUUGGUCUGUGCAAGCCUCUAGACUGUAGUACUAUACAAGAAGACUUUUCAGUUGGAGACAGCUUUAAUGGAACUUCAAGAAGUGAUGAUCGCUCAGCUCCGAAACGCUCACAACAAGAACAAUUGCAACAUUGGCAGAAAAAUAGGAGAAUGCUUGCAUAUUCAACUGUCGGUACACCCGAUUAUAUUGCUCCUGAAGUUCUGCUAAAGAAGGGUUAUGGGAUGGAAUGUGAUUGGUGGUCCCUUGGUGCUAUCAUGUUCGAAAUGCUUGUGGGUUAUCCACCCUUCUAUUCUGAUGAUCCUAUGUCAACAUGUAGGAAGAUAGUCAACUGGAGAACACAUUUAAAAUUUCCCGAGGAAGCCAAACUGUCUUUGGAAGCAAAAGACCUUAUAAGCAAACUACUUUGUAGUGUCAACCAGCGGCUUGGUUCGAAGGGGGCGGGUGAAAUAAAGGCCCAUCCUUGGUUCAAUGGAGUUGACUGGGACAACAUAUACCAUAUGGACGCUGCAUUUAUUCCUGAAGUUAAAGACGAGUUGGAUACCCAAAAUUUUGAGAAGUUCGAAGAGUCUGAGCACCACCAUGCUCAAACUUCAUCAAAGUCUGGUCCAUGGAGAAAGAUGCUUUCAUCCAAGGACAUCAACUUUGUCGGUUACACAUAUAAGAACUUUGAAAUUGUUAAUGACUACCAAGUUCCUGGAAUGGCUGAACUAAAGAAGAAAACUACCAAGUCAAAGAGGCCAACAAUCAAAUCACUUUUUGAGGACGAGUCAGAAUCAUCUGAGACAGGCGAUCAAUAAAUCUCUGUGAAUGCUUUAUGUAUUUAUAUUUUGCCUUUCAACAACGAAAGUUUCCGAAAAAUGACAUUGACAAAACAGAGUAAUACUGCUAAUCUCUCCUGUUCCUCAACAAAUGCUCCGGGAUAAAUGAUGGGUUAGCUCUCUUUCGUCGCUCAAAUUCGGAUGCUUCGAUUCUGUAGAACAUACUUGUACCUAAUUUGCUUCAAAAAAAAAACCUCAGUGCCUUGCCGUUUUCUUUCUAACCAUACCAAAAGCUGUUCAUCGACAGAUCCAUCUGUUCGUAAUUAUUAUUUUAUUUUAUUUUUUUAUUUUUUUAUUUUUUUGUAAUCGUGUUUUAAAACCACAGAGUAUUGUACGAAAGCGAAAUACGCAACCGAUUUAUAAUUUGAAAAUUCUGUACAAGUGAA